AUGCAAUCAAAUUACGCAGAUUUAUUUUUUUCACAUUUCUAACUUGUAGCUAAUCAAUCUUAACAAGGCAGAAAAAUCAUUGAAGAAAUUAUAGAGAGCUUUGAAGAAAGAGUAAAUAUUGAAGAAAAAUAUGCAAAAUCAUUAGAAAAAUUAGUGAACAAUCUAACCAAAAUUGAAGAUAAGCAAUAGUAUUACAUUUUCACUUAUUAUUAGAAUGUUUAAAAUCCCAAUAUAUUGUCUAAAAUGUCUGAGUACAAGUAGAUAGCGUUAAGCAGAAGGAUUAUGUUAAUCAUUAAAAGAAGAUCUUAUUGUCCAAUUAAAAUAAUUGAUCUAAUAAUAAAAUGCUUCUUCAAAGAAAUUGAUAGAGGAAGCCAAAAAAAUAGAAAAAGAGCAUUAAUUUCUCAAUUCGGAAUAUAAAAGAGUAAAAUAUAAAAUAAUAUUUAGUAUUUUUUAGAUUACAAAUAAAAAAAGAGAGAAUAUGAAUAAAAUACCACUGUGAUGGUUGUCUAUAAUCUGCUAUCAGAAUAUCCAGAUAAGAAGAGACUCAGUUAAAAUUAAAAAGUCUCGUAAGUAACAAAGGAAUCAUAAGAAAUGGAAUAAAGAUAUAAACAAUCAGUUGCAGAUUACAAUAUAAAUUGUGACACAGCUAAAACUAGAAUCCAAACAAUUCUGACUCAGAUGUAAGAAUAAGAAGAAAAAAGAAUUACAGUAUUCAAAGACACUCUUAUUAGAUAGAUUGUAGAUAAUCAUAUAUAAAUUAGAUUUUUGAAGUCUCUCAUUCUAAAAAUGUGUAGUAUGAUUUAGACAAAAUAAAUGAGAAGACAGAUGAGAUACAUCCUGAAGAAGAAGUUCAGAAGUUCGCCUAAUCUUAGAAAUUGGAGAAUCCUCCUCUUUUCGAAAAAACAGAAUUGAUUCAAUUGAAUUCCUUUAUUAGCAACAGUUUAUAAAAAUUCUUUUCUAAAGAGUUUGAUGAGAUACUUUAAUUGAAUAAUGAUCCAAAAGUUAAAGAAAUCAUUUCACUGGUAGAAUAGGGAGGGACUCUCUAAACCGAAGAUCAAAAACUAGAAAAUGCCUAUUAUGCAUCAAAAAUUGUCUCUGAUUGUUGGAAAGAAGAAUAAGUCGACACAGAGAUAUUUAAUUAAUUUAAAAAAAAGAUUUAAGAUGAUUAUCAAUUGAGAAAGUUAGUAAUCAUUGCUUUGCAAUAUAAAAGAUCGACUUCUAAAUUUAGACUUGGACAAAUUGGAUUUUAAAAUGCUGUUAACUUAUUUAACUCAAUAUUAGAAAUAGUAUUCUAUAUUUUAUUUACAUUAGUGUUUGGAUACUUUUGAUGCUGGAACUUCAAGAUAAUUGAUGAAUUUAUCAUUCACAUUCCAUAAGGAAAAUAUUGAAAAUGGUAAACCAUAGAGUUAUUUUAUUUAAAAUGACUUUUCCAAGCUAUAAGUUUGGGAAAAUAGAGAUCUGUGGGAAACCAGCAUAAUCUAAUAAAUCUAUGAAUAAAUUAAGGAGCAAUAAUAAAGAUAAAAGUCCUUGACGUAUUAUAUGAUAUAUAUUUCACUAGUCUAUUUGAUUAGAUUCAAACAGAAAAGAAUAUGAUCUUAACUAUCUUAACACAAAUGGCACAAAAUAUGCUUCUAUUUAAUUUUAAGUUUGGAGCAAUUAAAGAUAUUAUGUAUAAAUUUAUGGCCUUUUUUGAAUUGAAUGAAGAGAUAUCUUCUGAUUUAUUUGUAAAAAUAACAUAUAUACUUAAUAAUAGAAUGCUAUUGAAGGUUUUGAGAAAUAGAAACAAUUAAAGGAUUAAUAAGAGAAAUAAAUCCAACUUUAAUAAUAAGAGUAGAACUAGCCAGGAGAUUAGGAAUAAUAAUAGUAACCACCAUAAUAACCUUAAUAAUAAUAAAAUAUGAUGGGGAAAAUAAGUUCAUUUUUCUCACAAUUAAAUAAGGAUUGA